AUGGCAGAGCCGCUUCAGAGGACCGUGCGGCGGCUCCUUACAAGCCGAGCAAACUCGUGCCGUACGAGCAAGCACCUGUGCUCCUUGGGCGUUUAUCCAAAGGACCUGAAAACCCUUGUGCACGCCGAAACCGGCCUGUGGCUGUUUGGGCCAGGAGCUGAGGGUAUUAAAGGGACGCCCCGUGGGGAGCCACGCAGCCUCGUCCAGAACCUGGGUGACCUGCUGGUGACCGAGCACAGAGCCCUGGAGAUGAAGGUCCUGGUCCUGACCAUCACAUGUGGCCUGAUGACUGUGCUGCAGGCCCUGGACCCUCCGUCCUUGUCUUUGGAGGGACUGAAUAUGACAGGGACCUGGUACGUGAAGGCCUGGGUGGCCGACAAGAGCCUGCUUAAGAGGAGGCCGAAGGCGGUGUCCCCCAUUACGCUGGACGUCCUGGACGGCGGCUACCUGGAGGCCUCGUUCACCUUCCUGAAGAAGGGCCAGUGCCACGAGGUGAGGGCGGUGAUGCGCAGCACGGGGGAGCCCGGCAAAUUCAGCCUCGCUGAGGGCGAGCGGUACCUGCACAUGGAGCUGCUGCCGGUGGAGGACCACUACAUCAUGUACUGCGAGGGCCCGAGACUCGGGAGAAGUGCCCACGUGGGAAAACUCAUAGGUAGGAGUCCCGAUGUGAACCCGGAAGCCCUGGAAGCAUUUCGGAAGUUCGCGAGGAGCAAGGGGUUGCCGCUGGAGGACAUCCUCCUGCCCGCCCAGAUGGAGAGGUGCGUCCCUGAGAGUGAUUAGGGGCAGGCAGGAGGGACUCCGUCCUCUCCAGGGCCCUGCCACCAGGACCCACGCUCCUGCAGGACAAGGAAGGACUCUGUGGCCCCAGCCCACCCUACAGUCCC